AUGGAUAUUCAAAGCGACAUUCCACAUUUUCAAUUUCCAACAAUACCGAAACUAGAAACCCGACCAUUUAAAGUUUGCAAUGCUGUUGAUUACGCCGAUCCAAAGAUUCAAAAAUUAAUUGAGUAUGAUCAAUUAGAUUCGAAGACAAAAAACAGACUCACUGCUAGAAAAUGGCGCGAAGGAAGAAAAGACUAUCUAAACAAUUUGGAAGAAACCAAUUUUUUGCUCAGGACAAAAUCUCUAAGCCUUUUAGAUCAUAGAACGCGCUUGAUGUCAGAGAAUAAAGCUUUAGAAGAAGAAAUUCAGUUAGCUAAAUUAGUUUUGGAAAAAAUACAAGAGCUCAAAAAAUAA